CUUCCCGAGUUCACAGUUCAACUACUCCCAUGCUUGUUUUUAGUAGAAGUGGCGCCGAGUAUGUCCAGAAUGUGGCCAGUUUUUUUAGUUCUACUUUGAGUGUUGUCUUUUCGUUGUGUGUUUGUCGGCUCCCUCGUGUGACGAGCAUGCCCGUGAACGCAUCAAAGCGCCAGCUGAUUGAGCUGAUCUAUCGCCACCUGAAGGAGCAAGGUUUCCACUCAGCUGCAGAUGAGCUCCAGAGGCACAGCCCACAGGAGGGGACAAACAUAUCUACCUCUUUAUCGGACAUCUACAAAUCAUGGUUAAAGGACUCAAAAAAGAAAAGGAAACCUGACUCCAGUUUUAAAGAACAAGGAGGGACUCCUGUGGUGGUCAAGACUCCCAAGAAGAAAAGCAGCAGCACAUCUGUUAAGGACACUCCAACAGCUGCAUCCAGGACAGAUGUAGCAGCGCCGUCUCUUGCCGCACUAAAGAAAAAUAAAAAGAAGGAUAAACCUGCCACAAAAGUAGAGACACAAAAGAAGAAGCCCGUGCCAGCAAAAAGUAAAAAAGGUGAAGGAAAAUCAGCAGUCACAACAAAGGUGAAGAAAUUAAAGCCCCAAAGUAAAAUCAAGGCUGUGGCUGCUGGAGGCGACGAGUCUGACUCUGACAGCAGUCUGGAUGUUGAGAAAUGGAAGAAGCGGCUCCUGCAAAUGACAGAAGCUGACGCAGCCAAGAUGGACACCAUCAAUUCUCUGGACUCCUCUGCGCCACCACCCAAGAAAACAAGAGUGAGAAAACCCCGGGCUAAGCCUCCGCAAAAAACAAACGCCAUCAUCAUUCAACCGAAUACUGAGACAGCGGAAAACAGUGAACAGGUGGGGGAGAAAGUUGUGACACCAACAAAAAACAGUAAACCUAAGCGGAGCCGAUCGAAAAAGACUGCACCUGCAGCCUCCUCCACCCCACUGAGCAAAGAGCAAAACAUCGCCCCUGUAGAGGAUCCAGUAACAUCACCUGUCUCCCCAUUAAAACAGACACCAAAGAAAGAGAAAAGAAAAGUUGUGAGUCCCAGUGAAGACAAAUCUGAGGAGGCAGCGUCUGAGCCCAAGAAGAAGAAGAAGAAGAAGAAAGAAGUGACUGAAGACGAGGUGGAAGAGAAUGCAAAGACAGCACUAGACAGUAAAGAGAAAAGGAAAAAGAAGAAGAAAGUCACGGAGGAAGAGUCUGGUGAUAAACCUGCAGAAGAAAAGAAAAAGGCAAAAGAAACAAAGGGAGAUGUUGACAUGAACGAGACAGAGGAAAUCAUAGAGAACAGAAUUGGACAUGUAGAAAAUGAAUCAACUUCUGAACAGAUAGUGCUAGAAAAGAAAGCCAAGAAGAAGAAAAAGGAGAAAACUGCUAGUGAUGAAAAUUCUGAGCAGACAAAUGAAAAUGUCAUAGAAAAUACACAGCAAGAAAGUAAAGAAAAGAAAACCAAGAAGAAGAAAAAGACACUUUAUACUGAGGAAUAUUUAGAGCAGACAAAUGAAAAUGUCAUAGAAGAUACACAGCAAAUAAGUGAAAAAAAGAAAACAAAGAAAAAUACACUUGAUGCUGAUGAAAAUUCUGAGCAGGCAAAUGAAAAUGUCAAAGAAGAUACACAGCACACAAGUGAAGAAAAGAAAGCGAAGAAGAAGAAAAAGACACUUGAUGCUGAUGAAGAUUUACAGCAGGUAGCUGAAAAUGUGCAAGAACAUUCAGAGCAGAUAGACGAAGAAAUGACAGCAGAGAAGAGGAAGGAGAAUGCUUGUAGUGAGGAAAAUUUAGAGCAGGUAAUGAAAAAAAGAAAGCCAAGAAGAAGAAAAAAGGCAAUCCUGAUGAGAACACUUCAGAGCAGAUGGUUGAGCAAAAGACAUCGGAGAUGAGUGUCAUUGAGGAGACACCAGAGCAGAUUACUGAAGUCAAGAAGAAAAUGGAAGAGGACUCUUUAUUGGAAAAUAAUUCAGUCGACAUAGAGCUGCUAACUUUACCCAACCCUGAGACACCAAGUCCUCAAAGAGAGAAGAAGAAAAAGAAAAGCAAGUUAACAUCAGCUGAGGACUCUGAAAAAGACUCCACAGCAACAGAGACCCUAGAAACACCUGUAGGUGACAGCACCAAAAAGAAG